GUAUGCCAUGAACAUAUUGAUUCGAAUGUUGAUGCAUAAUUCGCAUUUUAAGAAGUCAGCCUACUUUACUUUUUUUGUCACUGCAUUUAAACCGGCUUUUCUUGAAGAGCAUUGACUGUACGGCUACGCCCUGAAGACUGCAGAAGCACACAGCACAGACUGAUCCUUCUUCUAAUGAGUCAGGAUGUAGGCACGAGGAAGUUGACUAGCGUUCAUACUAAAUACGGCAAUAAUAUCUGGCAAUAUCUCACAAUCAAGAGAUGGCAUCAGGUCCCCCACAAACAGAGCUGAGGCUGGUUCUGCUCGGCGGGACAAGAGCAGGACAGAGUGCAGCUGGAAACGCCAUACUGGGACGCCAGGCUUUCCUUACCCAGACUGCCAGUGAGCCAGCUGUCACUCAGGAAUGUGAGAAGCACAGAGGAACCAUUGCAGGGAGAUGGGUAUCAGUAGUAGUCGCCCAAGACUGGUUCUGCUCAGAGCGCCCCCUGGAGGAGGUGAGGCACCAUGUCUCCUCUUGCGUGGCCCUGUCGGCCCCGGGGCCUCAUGCCUUCCUGCUGUGUGUCCCUGUGGACCGGCCGGCUGACAUGGAGCUGCGGGCCCUGGAGGCUCUGGAGAAGGUUUUUGGCCCCACUGCAGUCAGUGGACACACCCUGGUCCUCUUCACCCACACAGACCAGAUGGUUCUGGGACAACAGCUGGACGAGUACAUCACCACCAGACGCAAAGACCUACUGGAGCUGGUGGUGAUGUGUGGAGACCGCUAUCACUCUCUGGAGCGGAGGAGUAGAGGAGAGAAGGAUGAGAGGAAGAGUGUGGAAGAGCUGCUGGAGAAGGUUGAACAGACCGUAAAAGAGAGCGGGGUGGAGUUCUACAGCUGCCCCCUCUACCAGGAGGCUGAGGCCAGGGUGAGAGAGAAGCAGGCAGAGAUAGUGUGGCAGAGAAGAGGGGGAGAGGAGCUAGAUGAAGAGGUGCCCUCCUCAGCCUCACCUCCAGAGGAAGAGCUAGACGAUGAAGAGAUGGCAAAAGUUAGGGAGGAGGCAGAGAGGAGUGUGCACAACCUGAACAUAGACACCGAUGGUAUUACCUCUCUUUCUCCUGCCUCCUCCUCUCCUCAUUUCUCUCGUCCUUGUGGCAAGGGAUUGACAGGGUGGCUGAGGAGGCUGCCCAAGAUGCUGAGGAUGGAGUCUCUGCUGGGGCUUUCGUUGGCCUGUUUGUAG